AAGGGCGCGCACCGUCCCCAGGAUGCUGCUGAUUGGCGCGUGAGGCGGCGCGCGCUGAAUUCGUGCGCGGGAGGCGGCGAAGUGCCUGGGCUCCCCACCCCCUUGUUUGCAUUGUGCCACCACUCGCGCUUUGUAUGCGCAGCUGCAGGGCCCGGAGGAUUGUGCGCGGUGGGCCGCCGCCGGCUGAGGAUCCCGAGCAGCUCAGGCGACCGUGUUUGUGCCGCCGCUGCAUACCCUUUCUCCCCGCGCUCCUCUGCUUCUCCGGAGAGAGCGCAUGAUGGCGGCAGCGGCCGCCCCAGCUGUGGUGGUGGAGGUGAGCGUGAGCAGCACCGGGAGCAGUAGCAGCGACACUUCCAGCACGGGCGAGGAGGAGAGGAUGAGGCGCCUCUUCCAGACCUGCGAUGGGGACGGCGACGGCUAUAUCAGCAGGAAUGACUUGCUCAUGGUGUGUCGCCAACUGAACAUGGAAGAGUCUGUGGCUGAAAUAAUGCAUCAGCUUGGUGCAGAUGAAAAUGGGAAGAUUUCCUUCCAGGAUUUCACACGAUGUCGCAUGCAACUUGUGCGAGAAAUCAGAAAAGAAGAAGUGGAACUUUCUGUGAAAUCCGAUGACUCGUGCAAAAAGAAAACAUUAAGGGAUAGAAUAGCUUCCUGGCCAACAAGCAGCGAAAACAGUUUGGGUGCCCUAUCAGGAGCUAGAGAGAGCUGGGAAUACGACUCUGGAGCUAGAGACCUUCAGAGUCCUGACUUGCACAGUCGUUCAGCUCUACAGAAGCUCUUGGAAUGUGGAGGCAACACCACGAAUCAACAAGCUGCACUGCAGAGACUGCUUACUCAGGCCUCCAAUCUUAGCAAUUCAGUUGGAGGAAGUUACUUAGAACUUGCUAACACUCUCCAUUUAGCAGCUCUGGCAUCACUGAAAGGAGAUAUUGUUGAACUUAAUAAACGACUGCAGCAAUCGGAACGAGAGAGAGAUUUGUUGGAAAAGAAAUUGGCAAAAGCACAGUGUGAACAGUCCCACCUAAUGAGAGAGCACGAAGAUGUGCAAGAGCGGACAACACUUCGCUAUGAGGAACGAAUCACAGAGCUCCACAGUAUUAUUGCAGAGCUAAAUAAGAAAAUUGAUCGACUCCAAGGAACUACUAUAAGGGAGGAAGAUGAAUAUUCAGAACUACGAUCUGAACUUAGUCACAGCCAGCACGAAGCCAAUGAAGACUCACACAGCAUGGACCAAGAUCAAACUUCAGUUUCCGUCCCAGAGAACCAGUCAACCAUGGUCACAGCUGACAUGGAUACCUGUAGUGACUUGAACUCUGAACUGCAGAGAGUUCUGACGGGAUUGGAGAAUGUGGUCUGCGGGAGGAAGAAGAGCAGCUGCAGUUUGUCUGUGGCAGAUGUGGACAGACACAUUGAACAGCUCACCACUGCAAGUGAACACUGUGAUUUGGCCAUUAAGACAGUUGAAGAAAUUGAAGGUGUCCUAGGGCGGGACCUAUAUCCAAAUCUGGCUGAAGAGAGGUCUAGAUGGGAGAAGGAACUAGCAGGCCUGAGGGAAGAGAAUGAAAGCCUGACAGCAAUGCUGUGCAGCAAGGAAGAGGAGCUGAACAGAACUAAGGCCACCAUGAAUGCAAUCCGGGAAGAACGGGACAGAUUACGCAGAAGGGUUCGAGAACUACAAACACGUUUACAAAGUGUCCAAGCAACUGGCCCAUCGAGCCCAGGUCGUCUCACUCCGGCAAACCGUCCCAUUAACCCUAGCACUGGAGAACUGAGCACAAGCAGUAGCAGUAAUGACAUUCCCAUUGCCAAGAUCGCAGAACGCGUAAAACUCUCAAAGACGAGGUCAGAAUGUUCAGCAUCUGACCGCCCUGUCCUGGGGUCAGAAAUCAGCAGCAUAGGGGUAUCGAGCAGUGUGGCAGAACACUUAGCUCAUUCUCUUCAAGACUGUUCCAAUAUCCAAGAAAUUUUCCAGACACUCUACUCACAUGGGUCUGCCAUUUCUGAAAGCAAAAUCCGAGAAUUUGAAGUGGAAACUGAACGGUUAAACAGCCGCAUUGAGCACUUAAAAUCACAGAAUGAUUUAUUGACAAUAACUCUGGAAGAGUGUAAAAAUAAUGCUGAGAGAAUGAGCAUGUUGGUUGGGAAAUAUGAAUCCAAUGCCACAGCCCUCCGGCUUGCACUGCAAUACAGUGAACAGUGCAUCGAAGCCUAUGAACUGCUGCUAGCAUUGGCAGAAAGUGAACAGUCUCUCAUUCUUGGGCAAUUCAGAGCUGCAGGUGUUGGGUCUGUUGGGGACCAAACAGGUGAUGAAAACAUCACCCAGAUGCUGAAAAGAGCUCACGACUGCAGGAAGACAGCUGAAAAUGCAGCAAAAGCCCUGCUGAUGAAGUUGGACGGGAGCUGUGGAGGAGCCUAUGCAGUCACUGGCUGCAGUGUGCAGCCCUGGGAGAGCCUGUCGUCCAACAGCCACACCAGUACUACUAGUUCAACAGCAAGUAGUUGCGAUACAGAGUUCACCAAAGAGGAUGAACAAAGGUUGAAGGACUAUAUUCAGCAGCUGAAGAAUGACAGGGCAGCCGUUAAGCUGACUAUGCUGGAGCUGGAGAGCAUCCACAUUGACCCCCUCAGUUACGAUGUCAAGCCUCGCGGAGAUAGCCAGAGGCUGGAUCUUGAAAACGCAGUGCUCAUGCAGGAACUCAUGGCCAUGAAGGAGGAAAUGGCAGAGCUGAAAGCACAGCUGUACUUGCUGGAAAAAGAGAAGAAAGCCCUAGAGCUGAAGCUAAGCAGUCGAGAAGCUCAAGAACAGGCCUAUCUGGUCCACAUUGAACACCUGAAAUCAGAAGUGGAAGAGCAGAAGGAACAGAGAAUGAGGUCCCUCAGCUCAGCCAGCAGCAGCAGCAAAGACAAGUCAAGUAAGGAAUGUACGGAUGGCACAACAUCAUUAACACUAGCUGAACUUAAACCCUACAGCGAAAAUGAACUCACUACAGAACUGGCAAAUGCACUCAGACGAGAAAAGAAACUGAAAGCCAGAGUGCAGGAGUUGGUGAGUGCCUUAGAGAGACUGACAAAGAGCAGUGAAAUCCGGCACCAGCAGUCUGCGGAGUUUGUUAAUGACUUGAAAAGAGCAAACAGUAACCUUGUGGCUGCAUACGAGAAAGCAAAGAAGAAGCACCAAAACAAGCUGAAGAAACUCGAGUCCCAAAUGAUGGCUAUGGUUGAAAGGCAUGAGACCCAAGUGAGGAUGCUCAAACAAAGAAUUGCUUUGCUAGAAGAGGAAAACUCCAGGCCCCACACCAAUGAAACGUCACUUUAAGCAGAGGGAAAGAUUUCUUCUUCAAGAAUCCUUGUGCCAUUGCAAACCUAUCUCCUUGCAAGACUGAUUUAGGUGAUGAACACAGAAGAGGAUCCAAGAGAAGCAGGGCAAAUUGGAGGUCAGUGCCUCAAACUGAGGUUGUGGCUUUGGCAAUAUCCAGCCAAGUGCAGGAGCCCAAAAGGAAAGAAGUUUGUGGGUGGCUGCUCAUCAUCGGACAGUGCCUGCUGGUAAAUGUAUCUGUUUAUCAAGGUUCUAUGUAGUUACUUUAUUCACAUCAUUAAAAAUUCCCCAUUUCCUUUUGCCAAGUUCCUAUGGACAUCAUUAGGAACACUCUUCCUUCCUUGUCCAUCAAAUACAUUCCUCAAUGCCCAUUGCAUUUUUGAAGGCACACUUAAACACUAUCCCAAGGUGGUUUCCAUUUUGUCAGUAGCCUUUCUGUUGGCCUCUGCCUCCUUUCUGCCAUUUUCGCUGGGAAGGGAAUGCCCAGCCACUCCCUACAACUUCCAUAGAGGCAGAGUGAGCCAAGUAUGACCACACGGCUGCAACAUGGACUCGGGGGUGGGGGGGGUCCCCUUAGGUUCUCCACAGUUCUAACUGCAUGACUAUCCCUGCAUGCAGUUAGAACUGCCAAGGCGGAGUUUAAGUGGCAAGGUGGCCAUGCAGUUCUAUCCAAAAGCGGUUUCAAAAGGGAGAAACAAUGGAAAGGUGCUUUAAAGCGGAGGUUCUUUUGAGUCACAGUGUGUUGAAUCCAUGCCUGACAACUACAAGCCACUUGGAGACUAUCCUGUUCUCCCCUGCUGGUGGUCACAAUUCCAGCUGCACGAGCAGAAGCAACACAGGCAGCUGGACAACUGUAUUUCUGAAACGCAGCUUAGUAGCCUCCAAGCCCCACCGCCAUAGAGGCUGCGAUGCACCCCUACCCGCCUGUUUGAUAUUUGUGUUCUUGGAGUAAGCAACCAUUUUGAAACACUCUAAAGCAGGCCUGCUCAACUUCGGCCCUCCUGCAGAUGUUGGCCUACAACUCCCAUAAGCGCUGGUUAUUGGCUAUUGUGCUCUGUGGUCGGCAGGAGUCAACACUGACUCGACAGCACACUUGACCUUUAGUGCAAAACGAGCUGGGGGCCAAAGUUGAGCAGGCCUGCUCUGAAGUCACACAGUUUUAAUCUGGUUUGGUAACCUUGGUCUGCCAAAGGUUCCGCAUGUUAAGGAAAUGAUGCCCAUGAGAGUAUCCACUCAAUUUUGAAACACACAAGCUAGAAAACUGUUGCUACUCUUAGAAAGGAUAUAUUCCAAGUGGACUGGCAGUGGAGACACAUUUUUUUACAACACAGGACACUGCUGCAAGACAAGGUUGAAGGGCAGCAUUUGACCUCCGCUCCCUGCCCCCUUCAACAGAUAGCUUUUGAGGGCUGUCACAAGGUGUGGUGCUGAGGAGUACCAUUUGGCCAAGAUUUCCCUAAAGCUGACUAGGUUACUGCUGUGCAGUGACAGAGCAAAAAACUUCUGCUAAGCUGAUGCCUUUUUAGCUGAAAAUGUCAUUUAUGUGGAAUGUGCCUGUUCAGAUGAAUGUAAAUGUGCUCCCUAAACAAGCUGUAGAAGUUGCUUGCAAGGGAGCCCAGUUAUGGUGCUAGUUCUGUCUAUUCAGCCCUAUAGAAGCAUCAUAUCAACAUAGUAAGCUGAGUAGAGGCUACAGUGCCUCUGUUAAAGGAGCCUGUAGUCCUAAGUGUGGCAAUAACUCUCUAGUGGUAUUUCAACAGAAGCAGGAUAAAUAUUUUGGGUGAAUUGCUAGGAGUCAAGGGGUGGGAAUGUCUCAGUCAUGGCAUGUGUGACUCAACAAUGCUUUCCUUUUAGAACUAGUGUAUUUUUCCCCCUUGCACUGUGAUUGUUGGAGCACUUGCAAACAUUAAGGCCAGGAUCACCACCUAUGGUCUUCACAGGAUCACCACCUACGGUCUUCUAAAGUUCUUCCAUAUAUUUUCAUUGUAGCUGACAGGAGGUGCUCUUUGGGUCAAACUGAGCUUUUGGGUUUUUACUGCUGUUUCUCUUCCUGUCGUGUGUUUUCAAACUGAGAGAGAAAGUGUCCGGUACUUCUAGUUUUUGUUGUUUGUGUCCUGUAAUUAUUGGUGGCUGGCCUCGUAGCUCUGGGUGUGUGCUCAUCACAUCAGCAAGCACACAGCACUCGCCUCUGGGCUUGUCCCUGCACUUCGAAAGUGCACCGCACUUGUGCAAAAGCACAAAUACUUUCUCCCAACACUUAAUAUGAGUUUCUGCUUUUAACAGAGCACUUCCAGAAGAUGGGGAGACCACUGGGAGUAUUUUUGCUCUUAUGCAAGAACAGCCGUGUUCUGGAAGGAUGGGGACUAGGGCUGCAUGCCCAGGCCCAGGUUUAGACUGUCAACCAUUAUCCGUAAAACAUCUCAGAAUUGCCCAAAUCAGCAAUCGCGGCUUAAGGCUUACUUUCAGGAGGUAUGCACAUUUGUGGAAAUUAAAUUAUGUGAAGCUUCUUUUAGCCCUCAUUGGGCCUAGAUUUGUCAUUUUUCUUCCUAUUGGAUCUUCAUUUCCUGACCCAGCACAGCUAACCUUAUGGCAAAUCUCUACCCUGGUAGCUAACAGUCACAACUUCCAAGCAGAUCAGACCAUUCUUAGCAAAACACUAUAUUGACGCUUCUAACCAUAAGACGUAAUGUCCUCUUAGAAGAAGAGUGUGGAGAGUAACAGUGAUAAGUUCACGUGCUUUAAUCGUCUUAUGUUGUCACAGCCAGGAGAUGAUCUAAAACUUUAUACGAAGUGCUUACUCUGGAUUCCUUAUUACUCUGUUGACAGUUUUAUCUAAGCCUCAAAUCAUUUUGUUUCUUGAAUGAGCAAUGGAAACAUUUUGAUAUAAAGCAUUAAUGGGAACAAAGACUAAUUAAUUUCCUUGAUGCAGUGACAGUACAAGGAAGCCACCUCCAUACUGUGUACAUCUGUGAUAGCUGUUCUUUUUCAGAUCUUGCAAGUUACAGUCUUCUGCUUCCUCUGCAGAAUUCCACCAGUGAGUCCCUGUACCCAGGACACUUUCCAUGAGGCAGUUGCCUCAAGUGCCAGUAUCAGUCUCCCUGGCCCUUGGUGCCACUGCCCUUCCUCACUCCACUGGAGCAUGCUGGUCAUUUCCCUCUCACUUGCUUGGGGAAUGCCUCUCUUCUCUGCCCCCCCCCCCAUGGGCUAGGAACACCCCUGCCACCUUUGCUUGACUUGGCAUGGGUGGAGAAUGCUUGUGUGCCUGCUGCCUCAGCAGCAAGGCCUGACUGCUGAGCACCUACCCUCAGGUGGUAUGGGCAGACUCAGACAGCUGCACGGCCCCUAGCAGGACCUCUUCUAGAACAAAGUUCUUAUAGUAGUUCUUACCAGAAAAGUUAUGGGUCUACUUCUCAAAUAAAACAGAAAGAUGCAGGUGGGCAGUCAGUAUCAGCCAAGGUCAAGCUCUAGUUAACCCCAAGUGAAAUGGUGCUGGAUAGCAACUGUGGUGGCCAGCCAUGCAUCUUUGCUUCACAAUAAUUAGAUGCAUGUUGAGUUGUUCAUCUAUUCAGGCAUACUACCAAAUUAUGGUUAAAGUUUACCAUGGCUCAGUGUGAUGUGUGAACUGAAAAGCCAUCAUUUUGGCCACAGCUUUGCCUCAGGUGCAGCAAGCAAACAUGUAGUUCUACGUCGGGAUUUGCUGAGCAGCUACAAAAGCAAGCUCCUCUAAACCAUCACUUGGGUUCUAAAUUGUGGUUAGCACAAAGAGUUUUGACAUUUGGUGAGCUUAUUACAUUGCUUUUUUUGGACUAGUGCUUUCAAAUCCCUUCAAUUUCACUCGUCAGCAGUUACCAUCCUAUUUCCAGCCAGCAAAUGUGCUGCUAGUUAUGUGUAUGCACAGAAUUGUUUACGCCUUUCCUCUCCUUUGACAGAGUCAAAGUGCAGCUUCAUUGUUCUCUAACCUGCACCAGUGUUCCUGUAAGAGGGAUUCCCAGGUGAUGUUGACUAGAACUCCCACAAUCCCAGCCAAAGGCCAUUGCAACGAAAGAUGCCGAGUGUUGAAGUCAACAUCAUCUAGGGACCCUUGUUACAGGGUACUGCCCUUGUGGCCACACAGAACCUACUGUCCUUCACUCAGUGGAGCUUGAACAGUGUAAUUUAUUCCUGGAUUUGCUGUGCAAGUGCGUACUUUAGAAGAACAUGAUAUAAUGUAUAAGGGAUUUUUAUAUACACACAGCCUUAAGGAAACUGAAAUGUAUUUCACAAGGUCUGACUGAAAUAUUCUUAGUAAUAUUGCCAUCAUGAAAAAUUAUAUCUAUGCAGCUGUGAGAAUAUUUAAAUAUUAUUUUCAUAGGCAGCCAAUGGAUUGCAUACAGCUGUGCUAACCCCACACCUGGCUGGGGCACAAUAGUGCUGGCAUUUCCCCUGCAAUCCAGCAAUGGACCCAUGCAAUCUUGUCAGAAGAAAAUUGAAGUAUUCUUACAGCUAUAGAGAUCUGUCCAUUCACAAGUAGCUUUCAGCAACAGCAGUCAACCUCAAGAGAACAUUAAUUAGGUCUUAGGCAUUGGCAUGCUGGAUUUUUUCUUCUUCUGUAGCAGCAAGCCACUCUAAAAAAGAAAAUCGCUUCUAGCGGCAUCACUUUUUGCAAGUGAAUCAGUAUCUGUGGGGAGAUAAAUGGGUGGACAAGUGGAGGAAAGAAUGAAUUGCCUACUCUAGCGAAUAUCUGUCAGCACCCAGGUUUCCAUGCAAGCAUGGCUAUUGGAUGCAAAUAUGUGCCGUCUCCAGUGGGGAUGUGGGGAAAGACUGACUUUAGCUACUUCUUCCUCCCACUGGCUCACAUACAGCAUAGCAUGCCGUUCCAUGCUCCUCUAAUCCAGGUUCUCACUUCUUCUGAAAAGUGAGAACUUCUCGUAGAAGCUCUGUCGCUACUAACACUUGCAGUGUCACCGUAGCAAUAGGCCUGUCAUUCCCAACAGGCAACUCAUUGUAAGUAGUGACUGAGCCACUCCCAAGUUCAGUAGAAGCUAGAAUGCUGUUUAGAGAGGGACAGAAAUGAGCAUGUGCCCUGCUGUGUGUGAGCCACUACAUACAGCUGAUUGGUAGAAAAGCACAAAACUUUGCAGUUAUUUCUUCCAACAUUUAAUACUGUGAGAAUGUUACUUAGAAGAGCUCAAAAGCAAGAACUUUCCCAGAGUACAUUACAUAUAAAAUCAGCCUGCAUACCCAGUAAUGGAGGGGUUGAUUGCUUCCAUGGAAGAUGCUUAAUAAGAAGUAGCUGCUUCAUCCUCAUGCUUAGGGGGCAACAACCACAGAUAUUGAGAGAGAACUGGGCACAUUUACCACCACUCCAAAGUUCAGUGUGUUAAAUCUGUUGAGUAUGUGAUUCACUCUGGAAAGGUUAAAACAAGGGGGGAAAUACCAAAAAACCUCCAUUAUGCAACUGUUUUUAGAACUCUCUGUACCCAGGAAAUCAGGCUAUGACCUGACAGAUGUGUGUGCUACACUAAAGGCACUGUUUUCGUGCUCUUCUACACUUCUAAAGCUCUCCAUUCCAUUAUGUUAAGUGGAAAAGUUUUGUUUGAAUGACAAGAAUCUAGUCAAUUAUCUGUUGAGUCAUUUUAGUCAAAAUGCAACAUUGUAUUAGAACAGGUUUCUAGAAGUUGAUGAGUUUGUCAUAUGUUGCAUGGAACAUGUUCUAAACUGUUUUCCAAUUAAGGUAUAAAAACCUUUUACACCAGCUUGAAUGUAUUGUUAGUUAUUUACAAAGCACAUUAAUUUUUCAUUCAAUGUCAGUAUUGUUCUACUGUUUAUAUCCAAAUUCCUUGUUGACAAACUACCAUUUUCUUUGAGUUUUCCCCAAUUGCUUUAGUUCUUUAGCUGCUGUAAGAUAGCUAUAUUGUGUUUAUUUGAUAUAGAAUUGUACAAACUGCAUUUAUUUAUACAGAGGCAUUUAUAAUACUUUUACAAAUGUUCUUAUAUUCUGAAUAAAUUUCUAAUGCUACAAUGUCA